AUUUGAAAACGUGCUCGGCUUGUGAAAAGUGAAUUGUACAAUUACAGAGAAAUGGCUACGAAUUCAAUUGAGAUUCUUCACAGUUUAGAAAAGGCAGUCUUUGAAAGGAACGAAGAGAAGACAAUUACGUUAAUUGAUUCUCUAGAGCAAAGUAUCACUGAAUUAGGUGAGAUAACGAUUUGACCACCUCUGUGAUUUCGAAAACAAACGUAAGGGAAGUUUUUCUUUAUACUUUUAUUUAUGUGCAAUAUCUGUUAUGUUCAUAAGAAUGUCCUGUUAUUUAAGCUGAUGAUAUUCCAGAUGAUUUGGAAGAGUUGAGGGUCAUCGUUGCUUGCAUAUGUAGAGGAGAAUAUUUGAAGGCCUUGCAACAGAAAACUGCUCAAAGCCUACUACUCACUGCAGCGGCUACUACAGGUAAAUCAUAGUACUUGGUUGGUUGUUGAUCGGCAGAUGGAUAUUAACCUUGUUUUCAAGAUGAAAAUUUUUUGUUUUGCCAUUUACGUAUUGGUCCUCAUUUAAACGGGAGGGAGUUACUGCAUAUAGUCAGAGAGCCUAUGCUCUUUAUGUAGGGAGGUAAGUAAGCGAUACAAAUUCAUACAUGAAUAGUUAUAUAAUGGAAUGAGCAUUAGGAGGAAGAAGAUGAGAGAGUAAGAAAUAAUUGUCUCUCUCCAAAGGAGAAUUAAGAAAAUUUUAACUUGAUUAUCUUCCAUUUGCACCAACCCUCUCCAAAUGAUAGCUGAUUCCUUAUACACCUAGCACUUUUUUCUUUGCAUCAGAAAGACUUCUGUUAGGUGUAAGUUAAUUUGAUUAUGUUUUCAGAGAUUUCAGACUUUUGACUUUGAUUUCUAACUCAGAAUGUUGCCUCAAUUAUAUGCCAGUAGCAUCAUAUUACUGAAUCAGACCCAUUGAGGGCCUGUUUACAUGGGGACGGGGAACCUCAGGUAGGUGAGGUAACCUGCCUAGAUGAGGUAAUCCGCCUAUCCAUAUAAUCCCUUACUUUAUCAUGGUCAUGUUUACAUGAUAGGGGGUAAUAUGCUCAAGUGGGUUCCCCCGUUUGCUGAAUAGGGUAACCUGUCAACGGGGGUUACCAUUUGCCAUGUAAAUGUCUCAAGGUGGGGUGACCUGCCCAGCCAGGGUUUCAUUCAUGUGACAAAAGGUCAAAUUAGCUAAAUUAUAGUAAAACACUUGUGUACUAAAACUUCAUACAUUUCUCAGCCAUCACGUACAGAACGAAAACAUUAAAACACCAAGUGAAGUCGUCAGAAAUGGUUUAAACACAUUUAUUUAUUUAUUUAUUUAAUUGCUUUCACUAUGAUCACAAUGUUAAAAUAAGACUAGGAGGAAAAAUGAAUUUGAAGAGGUCACGAGAAAGAGAGACGAAGGUGCAGGACACACAAUAGAGUGAGGCUCCAAAUAACUGUGCCCUUAAGAGAAAUGCACAAACACACUAACUAGGUGAACAUUAAAAACAUCAUAAGAAGUAUAAAAAGCCUAUUUCCAAAACAACAAUAAGCAUGAAUCACUCGCAGCCGAUAAAAAGACUUGGUAGCAGCAGUUGUCAGCUACCAUGUUGCUGUGGUGACAUCUUAUACUCCCUAAUUGCAGGCAUAACAACAACCUCGAGAAACUUCACCUGGAAUUGCAUGGUUUUAACAUUAUAUACAAACACAGGCUAUUUCUCCCCCACAGCUGAGCAGGUUACCCCAUUUACCUGGGGUCCUCUAUCUCCAUGUAAAUAGGCCCUGAACAAGUUGAUUUAGUGCUGCUCUUGCAUAAGGGCUGUCUUAAAUUCAAUUCUACAGAUGGGAGUAAAAUUUAAAGUAAUUGUAAAUGCUAUCUUUGAAUAAAUGUUGUAUUCAAUUUAGACUUGGUGGUUGGGUUUAUUUGAGGACUCUAGGAAAAAAAUAUGAAACUGAAAAGUACGAGGAAUUUCAUGGUACAAUAUCUUUGUGGCACUUACUGCAAUCCAGACAUGUACCUCGCCAUCUCAUCAAGAAAGCGAGUCAUUAGAACUUAAAACAUGGUCCUGUGUUACCCAAUACAUGUAUUUAUAAAUGAUUUGUUAUGGUAUUCUGGUGAAUGAUGCUGUAAUAAGAUUUUAAAAGAAAUGGCACCCUUGCAUUUUUAGAAGGACUGAGUGUAUUCUAAUUCGGUCUGUAAUCAUGUGAGUGAUAAUAAAAUUGCAGGAGUUGGAUUUGUGAAUCUUGAGUAUGAUUAUAGGAAGUAUUCAACAACUGGAAGUCCUGUUACCAAUUAAUCAAAACUGUGACAAAAUUUAAGAAACAUACUAGCCAUCCCUACAUUUCAUGGGAAAAAACAAAAGGUAACUCAGCAAAAUGUAUGACAACAGCAUGUGCACAUGAUAUGCAUUGUCCAAUUGUUAAUUAUGAUGCAUACAAUGUCCUAUUAAUGCUCAAAUUUGGCAAGCAAUGACUAAUCAACAACAUUGUUAUUAUUUUACAACCAGAAAAUAAACAGCUGAUCCAGGAGACCACUCUUCUUUUACAAGAUGACUCACUAGCAAGGUUAGUGAUGUUUAUUACAGCUCUCUAAGUUGUAACUGUUAUGGUUGCUGUGGCAACUUGCAAACAUUCUGGAAACUGAAUUUUCAAAGAAUUUGCCAGACUGGCAACCAUUUUAUGUGGUUGUUCAGAAAGUUUUCAAUUAAUUUUUCACUAUUUUUGUUUUGGGUCUUAAGUUAACCCUUUAUACCUUAAACAGUAUUCAUAUUCUCCACACUGUUCUCUUUACAUUUCCUGUGGUACUGAUUAGGAGAAAUUUUUUUGAAUUGGUGAUUGCUUCCUCUAUUCUCCUGAGCCGGGUUGUUCAAAGCUGGAUUAUGAUAACCCAGGAUAAGUGUGAAAUUUGAUUUCAUAUCUGAAAGCUCCAAAGAAAAUUUUAGAAUAAUUAGUCUUGUCUACAUUUUGAUGAUUGGAUAUUCUUAAAAGGAGAGAACAUGUUAUCCCAAAAAGGCUUUUGCAGAAAGAAAUAAUGAAACCGGGAAUCUUGGGUAGCACCAAUCGGCCUUCGAACAACUGGGCCCUGAUCUGUAUAUUUUAUUCAAGGAUGAUACUGUAAGGUGGAAUGAGAAGCUUGUCACCCUAAGGGGAUAAAGGAUUUAAAGUGAUAUAAACUUCUACCCUGAACUAUUCUUUACUUGGUGAAGGAGAUUCAUGUAUCCCUGCUUUCUAUUAGCAAAAUAUCAAUUCCAGAGGGUAAUUGGUCUGAGUUUUUUUUUUUUUAAUUUAAUUAAUUUAAUAUGUAAUUUAAUAUGUAAUUUGCUGGCAAGAUCAAUUCCUAUAUAACAGACAAGUUAGUUCCAAGAGGGCUUUUGAUGAAUCUUUUAAGUAUUAUUUAAUGAAGAUAAAGGUGAUAUUUGCAGUCUUGAACUUGAAAAUAAGACUUGGAAAAAAUUAUGGGAGUUGAACUCAUGUCACCUCUGCGAUAUUGGUGCAGUGCUCCACCAAUUGAGCUAACUAGCCAACUGGGAGCUGGUCAUUUUGUUGGUUUGUAAUAAACCUGUGUAGUGAUGAAUGAACAGCUAUGAAUAUAAGAAUAUCAUAUAAUUGAACUGCAGAUAAAUGACACUUAAAUUUUCACUGUUUUCAAAUUAUUAUUCUCUUAUCAUUUUGAGCCCCAAAAGGUCUAUCUCAAUUGGAAUGGAAUAGAAAAACUGUCUUUUAGGUUUUGACACUUGCUGCUUAACCAGAGGGGAAUAUAACAGCAAAAUACAACUGCAGCAUUGUCUAAACUAUUGUCUUUAAAUGAAACAUAAUGUCAACAUGUAUCAAGAGCUAUUGUUAGUACGUGAGACAUAACAAAACAGAGCCUGUAAGAAAUAGCUGCAUGUUUGUAGUCAAUUAAAAAUUGAGAUAGUGACACCAAUGUAUAAUAGAUACCAUUGUAAUCAACUUUUUGUGUAUUUUUCUGUAGGUAGUGUCUUGUGAGGAAAAUGUAUUUGAAUAAUAUAUCAUAUAGCUUCUAUGUAAUCUAAUUAUUUUUGUAUAAAUCCACCAGUCAUUCAAAACUUAACGCGACAUGCACGUGAUUUUUCUUUUAUUUUGUUUACAACCUUACAUUGUCUACUCUAUUUACUCAGUGUUUAUUUCAGUCUAGUAAUCUUUCAGUUUUUUUCUUUUAUUCUGUUUACAACCAUACAGUGUCUAAUCUACUGUAUGUACCUAUUGUCUAUCACAGUCUAAUAAAUAUUCAGUUUCCUGAAAGGUAAUGAACUAAGGAAUUCAAGACUGAUCACAUUAUUUUUUAAACUCUAUUUUUCUGCAGACAUGCACUGGUCCUUUUUACAGGUGUGGCAUGUUUAGACCUUUUCAUCCAGUGUAACUGGACUGGCCCAGUACAUCCUUCAUCUUCCAUUCUGCCUCAUGAUUGUUCUAAUCAACAAAUUGUAACAAGACUGAGCAAGGAUGGAGAGGUAACUGUAUCCUUGUGCCUUGCACCUUUCAACCUAUUGACCUGACCUUGGCUGUUUCAAAAAGGUGGAUAACAUUAUCUGCUGGAUAAAUCUUUAUCCAGUGGAUAAGAAUUUAUUAUUAGACAAUUGCAGAGUGGAAAAGGCCAAUCGCAUAGCAUUUUACUGUACUUGGGGUAGUGGAAUUGAAAUUCCUGAAAUUCACAUUCAUGCCCAAGACCAAGAUCAAACACAACAAUGGGAGAGCUGUGUAAUGGGAAAAAUAUUUUGAAAUGUACCCCUCACAGCUGUUGAAAAGCAACCCACCACUGUAGAGCAUAGUGUUUCUCAAAUUACCAUGUUUCCAAUUGACCAAAUCACCCAAAGAAGACUAGCAGCAUGCUGUUGAGACACUGUGCUCCAGAUUGAAAGCGACUACAUCUGGAGACAAAAGAUAAUGUGCUAAGGAUUAUAGUGUUUUUAUGUUAAUCUAACAAUUUGUCUUUGGUUUUUCAGUUCAUUAAUAAUCCAUUGAUGGAAGGUCUAUUAUUUCUGUUGGUUGCCAAGAUAGUCUUAGUUGAUUUUGAAGAGUCUUUGACUGUCUGCCAGGUAAAAUUUGAUGUCACUCAGUGUAUCAUCAGAUACUAUCCCAUGAUAAAUUUAACUGAAUUAAGUCUGAUGAUAUUGGAGUCAAACUGGUUUCAGCACAAAAGCUUACAUGUAUCCAUAUUCUCUUUGGUGAAUAUCUUAUCUUUUUGUGGGGAUGAAAGGUGUCUUGUUUGCGUGAUGUUCCAUUUACUGUAAACAUCUGUAUAAGUAGCACCAAGAGUUUGGAAAAGACUCAAAGGGCUAGUCCAGUCUAUUGUAUGGUAGUCCAUUUGGGAAGUCAAAAGAUUGCAUGGGGGCCAGUAUUUUAGUCAGUAUUUUAGUCAGUAUUUUAUUCCUUGCCAUUUGUCUGAUUCAUUGAGGGUAUGUCAUUCAUAGAAUACGCCAAAACAAAGUGACUACAUUUGCUCUAUGUGGCCAUAAUUUCCUCAAGAUGAAUUCUUUGAAGGUUGUACAUUAAAGGCAUUAAUUUGAAGUGUUUAUUCUGUCUCUACCCAUUGCUACUUUUUUUAGACUGCUUCCCUGUGGGCCUUGAGAUGUCUAGCAGUACAGAGACAACUCUCAAAUGAAAGAAAUGAUUUCAUGAAGAAUAAGAUUUUCAUGUUGAUGAAUAAAGGUUUGUUGUACAGAAUUCUCCUUUUAUUUUAAUUUUCCCUCAACAGUUUUCUCAAACUUAUUGAAUAGUAAAAAGGAGUUCUUUAUUUUCCUAAAAAGUGAGACACAGUAUGAGUGGAUAGGAUUAACAAUACAGUCCAAUAUGUGCCUCAAAUAUUUUGGUCUCAUUUUCCAAAAAAAAAAUUACAGGUAUAAUUCAGCCAAAAACAAAAUUUUAAAUUAAUCUGUCUGUUUUUCUGGGUGAUCCUCUUAACUGUUUUUCUUUUUGUGUAGAAAAUGAUGUAAAAGUAACACAAAAGUGACACAAAAGUGACACAAAAGACAAUAAACAUCUCAAAAUAAUUUCAAAGUGGGAUCCAUCAACUCAUAAUUAUUUUUGUUACCAUUUUAUUAUUGGUUGAAUGUCAAUUAGACAGUGUAUUCUUGAAUCAUCUUUCUCUUGUGGAACAGGGUGCUUAUACUAUGUGGGAUGCAACAGGUUUUCUGUUUUGCAUGUGAGACAAAUACUCUGCAACACCACCUUCUAGCAUCAUUAUACCACCUCUAGUUAAUUUUGAUGCUAUUAAAAUUGUGCCAUGCCAGUUGCCACAUGCAGUCCAUGACUGUCUAUUUUUAACAUUUUACAGUUCAAGAGAGCUCUACCUUACUUUCUGGAGAACAAAGCAGGUGCUGAAUAGAUGUAACUAUAUAUUUAGGUUCAAUGAAGUACAUAUAUUCUUAUUAGUAAAGCGUUUGUGUCUUUUAACUUGAGAUAUAUGUACAUAAACCAAAGAAAUUGUAACAUAUAGAUUCAGAAUUUUGAAAAGAUGCCUUCCUGGUAGUUUGUAACUAAUACUAUAUAACAUGGAAAUUGAUGUUUUGGAUAAGUAGAUACACCAUGUUAUGCUCCCACCCCUUCUUGUUGGCUGUCUGUCAUGUGAGAGCUAAUGUCGGUUUCAGCACACAGUAUUAUUGUUACUCCCCCCUGGGUAGGGUACCAGACCAUUGUACUGAUGGUCACCUAAUUCCCAACAUUUUUAGAUUUCCUUGACAGACUGUUUUUUCCUAUUUAUGGCCCUGGGUGGAUAGAGGCUCUAUGGGAGUUAAUUGCCCUUUCCAACAACACAAUAUAAUGUCAAGGCCAAGGGCUUUAGCAUCUUAUGUUGUAUAAACAUAGUAGUAUGUGGGGUUUCCCACGUUAAGCUAAGUUUUCUAAGGAUACAUAAGUGAGCACUAACUUGUGGAUACAUUUUAUAAACUAUUUAUUUAUUUCAAUAAAUCUACACAUUUUUCUUUAGGAGCAUUGCAAGCCAGAUCCACCUUGAAUUUGGAUACUUGUGUCUUUAUUACUAUGACACCAAAAGCGCCAGGGUAUUGAUAACUUUUCACUGAAAUAAUUUUCUUGAAGCAGUGGUAGAAUAGGCUUGAUCCAAUACCAACAGUCAUCUCACAGUCAAAUGAAAAGAUUUUUUGACUUCAGUCUUGAAUUUAAUUGAAAUAUGAACAAAAAAAAUUUCAAAACGCCUAAUAAAGGCUUUGAAAUUCAAGCAGGAUAUAAAUUUUUAACAUUGUACAGUAGAACCUCCUAAUAUGGACUCAGAGUAAAGGGGUGGAGCAAAUUUAGUUUGUGUAGUAGAGAGGGCAGUCUGUAAUGUAGUGGGGCUACCCUGAAGUGGUCAAGAUCUGUAUUCCAGGGAGUCAAAUUUCCCUUUCAUGGUCCCUCAGUUUGUCUUGGUCUCCCAGCCUUGUGGAUGUUAACUUUACCACAUUCAGUGGAAUCCAGUAAACCAACCCAGUAUUUAUGGGAGGGUUAAUUGAGAAAACAGGAAUCCUGCAGGAAAUGAUUUGUACAAAAUACAAUUUUGGAAAAAAAAAUGUAUCUUUAUUUACCACUCACCUAUGUAUACAUAAUGGAUGCUUCUGUAUUUAAUGUGGAUGAAUGCUUCAAUUGACAUUCAGAGUGUCCAUUGUUUCAUAUUCUACAAACACAGGGUUUUGUGAACUAGAUUAAACAACUUAACUUAUUAUUAGUAUUUUACUUAGUUGCCACAAUUUCUCCUCUUUUCUAUAUCACAUUUAUCCAAGGAACAUUUCACAGCUGCUCAGUCCAUUUUAGGUUUACAAGUUGAGCUUACAGGUACAUGCAACAGUACUGCUAUGUCAUUUUUGUGGAUUGUUUUAAAUUGAUGAUCAGGGAGAAGAAUCUUUAGCAUUUUCAUUAUUUUGUAUCAGGUGCCCUUGGAAAAAGGACAAGAUUUCAAGAAAAAGAUUGUUCUCAAUUAAUUGUGUUGGUUCAUAAAGAUGAGAGCAUCACUGGCAUUCCAACAGGUACUGUAAGGCAUGACUGAAUUUUGCCUUAAACUUGCAUACAGACUUAGGAAAGUCCCAGAUUCAGGUAUGACUGGUGAUUAAUUCACAAGUUAUUUUGUCUGAAUUCCCAGUGGGAAAUAAUCGCCAUCACAGGGUUUCUGGCCUAGGAGACAUUAUAGUAGUGCCUGCAUGCACAUAUAUACUGGUAUACGGAAGAGAAGAAGAAACCUAAGGAAAGAAAAUUUGUUCAUAUAGUGAGGGGAAAAAAAGCAAAGCCACAUGGUGGAAGGGGGGCACACUUAAGAGGGGGCUUCUUUCCUGUAGAGGAAUAUGAUAAAAUUUGUUAGGAAAUCAAUUUCAAGAUCAUUAAAUUGCAUCUCACUUGCAAGGAUCAUGGCUCAAGUUGAUUUUCAAUCUGCAGGUCAAAUAAAAUUUAUUUCAUAACAAAUUGUAAAGAUGAAACUGGAUACCAAGUGUUCCCAUAUCAUGUUUCUGCGCUGAAUAACAAAAAUGAAUGUCAUUUAAUAACUGAAUAAUGAAAACUUUUUUGAAGAAAAAAAAGUAUAGCUUGGUAUGUUACCUCUGAAGCUAAGGAGCCAUCUCCUGGCUGCCAAACACACCCUGCUUUGAAGGCCAGCAGUAAAGAUCUUUUUUUAAUAACAUUUCAUUUUAACCUACAAGUUACCCGAAAAAGUCUCCUUCUCCAAACUUAUUAGAGUUCUUUCUUCUAUAAUCAAAGAUUUAUAUUAUUGAAAAGUGAGGGAAAAGAAGAUAUGGUGAAAAUUAAGUAUUACUAGUCUGUAAUAAGAAAACAAGCAUGUUUUUUUGUUAGUGCUUGGGUCAUGUUACUACAUAUUAUACAAUAGCUCUCCAGUGUAGUUACUUUUUUUCAGAACUCACUUUUCUAACUUAAAACAGAACAUGUAGCACUUUUUAAUUACUAACCAAAACUUAAAGUUUACAUUUUAUUCUUGCAGAUAAAUCUACAGAUAUGUGUUAUAAAGAAAACCUUCCUAGAGUAAGUGGGAACAGUUGCUGGGUAUUGCAUUCUUUCAUCUAACAUGAAAUUCCCCGAGAAAAAAAAGACAUUUGGGAAUUUCAGCCAGAUUGUAAUCAGGGUUCCUAGUAAGAGGAGAUAGUACCAAUAUGAAGAGUUACUAACUUUAAGCCACACUGUUUGUUGUAAACUUGCAUUUUAAAGUGUUAAGCCUUUUUUAAUUAAAACUUCAAUUUUUCAUUUAUGUGGCAUUAAUGACUGUAUGUUAAUUGCAGUUUACCUUUGAGAUGAGUUUUUUAAUCAUUAUCAAAUCAAAGUCAAAUAAGAUUUUUUUCAAGUACAACUUGUUGACUAAGAUUUCUUUAGCAAGUCUUUCCAUUGACUAAUGCUUCCUUUUUUUCCUUUCAGGAUGUUCCAUUGGCUGAUGAUACCAUUCUGAAUAAAAUCCAACUCAAAGAUGAAGAUCUUCGAAAUAAGAAUGGAACUGUUCUCAGUCCACUGGAUCAGGCUGCCAUUUUGGGACUGACGUAACAUGUCUUCUUUAUACGUUGAUUCUAAAGAGCCUACUUUGUCUUUGAUCCAAGGGUCAAUCUUGUGGCCAAUUUUAUUAGCUUGGAACAGAGUCUUUAUCAAGCAGUGUGCCAGUAAGAGGCAUAAGUGUGAUUCCUGAAUUGGUUAUGGCUUGACAUCACAGCCAGUAUUAACAAAAUUAAGAAGUAACUUCAUGUCAUUAAAUUCUUUAGUGUGGAUAUUGUUUUGUGAAUUCCCAUAAAGCAGGGUGAUGAUGAAUGCUUUAGUCUGGGCAAGGGAACCUUUCUAAAUGCAUUGGAAAUGUCAAUAAUAUGUAAAUGCAGCAAAGUUUAGAAUGGGAGCUUCUAAUUCUUCUGCUAUUGAAGAGUGACAUGGUCCCCAUUAUUCUUUACAAGGGCUGGUUGCUGAGAAUAUCAUGUUCACUUGCAUUGUUGGGCACAAAUGAAAGAGCUGAACCAAAGCUCCAAACCUAAGAAGAUUCAGGCCAUGAUCUCACUUUAAAAAAAUGCAGAAGUGUAAAACCAGCUUUAAUUUAAUGGUCUCUGCAGCUUAAAAUGGUGCUUGGAGCAUGGAAGGUGUUAGAUUGAGAAGUUGUCUUUCCCGCAUGCCUCAUAGAAGAGUGAUGGUGUUACAAGCUGCAAACAACAAAAUUAAAAACACACUUAAUAUUCAUUUCUUAUGGAGUCAAACUUAAUGCAUUGUAUGAUAAGUAGUGCAGGAGAAUUGACUAGCCAAAAAUGAUUCAAGCAAGACUAUAUUUCGUGUUGCUUUCUUGUUAGUUAUUUCAAACCCUAGUGUUGAACCACAUCACAUUUCUUUUCACAAACAAGUGAGCAAUUUUUAUUGUUGGAGUAUAAAAAGAAAGAGCUGAGGAAAUAGGGCCUAAACUCGUCAACUGACUGAGACUUAUAUAGUGCCUUGCCUUGUGGUUAUUAUUUGUAGUUAUGAACAUGAAAAGAGUCAGGCUGUUCAAAGACUUGACAAGGAAACCUUACUGGCAUAUUUGGAGGUGAACUUUUACUUCUCUCUGCUGCCUAUUUUUCUGAAAGAGGCAAAAGAAAUAUAGAAGAAGGGAGUAUCAUUAUUUUUUUUGGAUAAAAAAAUGUCUCUAUCAUUAAGAAUAAAUUAUAAUAAAGAAGGGACACUGCCCUCGUUAACUGAAAAUUUAUUACAGUGGAAGCUCUAAUAAGAGCUCACAGAGUGUCUGGCACAUGACACCCUACACACUCCAUUUAUGGGAAGUUGUUAGUAGGUUGAGUUCCUGAUAGAGAGCAGAAAUUAAUCUUAGAAACUGUAGAUGUCCUUUUCAGCCAACUGCAAUAUAUACAUGUAAUCAUAAUUGUAUUGAAAUUAUUCAAUGUAGGGGUAACUGUUGGAAAACUCAACUGAUCCCAUAUAAGCUCUAUAAUUUCAAAUUAUUUUAGUGAAAAUUUUGCAAAUUAAUUACAAUAGGUUAUUUUCUGUUGUGUAGGCAGUCACCUGGGAUCCCAAGGCUUGGUGUGUACAGAUGACAGCAUUACUGAUGAGAAGCAAAUUGGAAAAGGACUCUAAAAGGAGAAUAGAGAGGUCCAUGAUGCAGUUACAGGUGAGUAGGUGUCAUAUAUACGGUGUCAUAUUUACUGCCAGGGUAUUCAAAUUAAGGAUGACUUAAGAUUAAAUACACUGAUAUUUACUUUCUUUCAUGUAGACUCUUGUCGACGCCAUCGAAAAUCCCUCUCCAAAGGUCAGUCAAUAUUCUUUGAGUGUUUACAUCUUGUUUCUGUACACCCAGUCAAUGACAGCACCCUUCAUUUUUUCUUUUUAACACAAUAGAACCACCCGACAUAUUUUAAGAUAGAUGUUAUGUUCCCUCUAUUUUGCUUGGAACUUGAUAUGAUACUGCCCUGAAAAUGGCAAUUUUUAAUGCUUGUCAUGAUGUAAAUUGAUUUUUUUCCCAUGGUCUUAUCCAGCAUGGUAGUUCGUUUACAUGUUAUAUUAUUGGUAAUUGAUCAUCCAACAUUUCAGGUUGUGGAGAGGCAAUCUUUGUUUUAUUGUGUGCCUUUUCCAUCCAAGUGGAAUUUUCAGGUGAAAGGAUUUUGUCUAGAUACUAAUACAGUGUAGCAUGAUAGUAAACCAGCCAUGUUCCUUGAUGCACUAAAGCUGUGACAAUGCAAAUAUCAUACCAGAAGAUUAAAUAGAUGCUGGGCGACUGACAUGUUAAAAUAUGGUGGACCUCACUUUCUUCCUCGUUUACUCUUUGUUGUGUUGGCAAAAAUCUACAGGUGCAUCAGGUGGAGUAAAUGGGCUCUAGCUUUUCAUGUUUACCUCGACAACAGAAGCACACAUUCUAGGUUAUAUGUCUCUGGUCUAAUUUAGUGUGAAAAACUUUUAUACCACCAAAAGAAAAGGUUUGGAGUUGACCUUUGUAAAUAAAUUUAUUUCUAAUUCCUUUCUUCAGAAAGACUUGGCACAAAUACUUCUUGAUAUGGGCGUGGUGAAAAGUGCGCUGGAAAUUUUUCAACGAUUGCAUUCUUGGGAGAAUGUUGUUUUUUGUUAUCAGAACUUAGGGUGGUAUGCAAAGGUAAGGAAUAUUUAUUGUGCACCUUAAUAUAGGAACCUACAUCGGUAUUGCAUGAGCUCUGCUGACAAACAUACUUUAAAACUUUUCAAGGUACUAUGUUUUUGCUUGGCUGCUUACUAUUUCAGCAGGGUCGUGCUUUUUAUUAUUUGAUAUUUUGCUUUGCCCUUCUUGCUAGGCAGAAACUCUUAUCAAAGAUCAGCUUAAAGUAAAGGAAACUGCACUGUUAUGGUGUGUUUUAGGUGAUAUAUUAAAGGUACAGUAACACAGAAAUAAUACAGAAUACUUGUAAUUAUAGUAAUAGUGGUAUUGUCAAUUUUAUUCAGCAGUUUGGAUAUGUCACUUUUGCCUUGUUAGCCAUAAGUAGAGCUUACUCUUUCCUUAUCCCCUUUUACUCCUCUAAGGAGCACAGCUAGGGUGGGCGUCCACAGUCACUUCUUCUGAUCUUGGGCUUUGAUAUCCAUUUUAUUCCAUGGUGGCCCUGAAAUUCUUAUCCGUCUUUUGUUUGGCCUUCCUCAUUUUCUUUCAAUUUAUCUUUUUUUUAAUAUGUGCAAAUUAUAGUUUAUUUGGGGAUUUUGUCUGGUACUAGCUGAUAUGAUGGUAAUUUACCUUUAUUUUUAAAGUUUGAUAAGAAAAAAAAUACAACACAAAACACAAGCAGUGCUUUGAAAAGCAUGAGAUCUCAAAAGAAUGAGGUAAAUACUGAUAAAUUUGAAUCUCAGUGCACACUCAAAGCAACCUUGUGAGACUGAGUGUAGAUCCAAAGCAUCUGGUUUUAACUAGCAGCCCUUCGCACAUACCUCCAAUGUCAAUAGUUACAGUGCACUAAACUUAUGUCAAUGUAAGGGGGAUAAUUUCCAAAGUUGUGGCCAAAACAUGCUUGGUUUAAUGGGAAAACCUGUUUAUGGAUGGGUCGUGAAAGGCCUAAACUUGUGUGUCAACAGAAAUUUUUGAAGGUGUUGUAUCACAUCUAUCAUUGCAGGAUGCUACUUGCUAUGAGAAAGCCUGGGAACUAUCAGGGCACCACAAUUCUAGAGCUCAAAGAUCUCUGGGAUAUCUACAUUUAAGAGCUAAAGAGGUUGAUACUUAAUUAUUCUUAAAAUGUUUCCUUGCAGUUCUCUCUUCUCUCAACAUGUAGGAGCAGUUAAAUGCAUUAGUUUUAUCUCACAGGCACAGAGAAAGAGGAGGAAUAACAAUGAUCUUUAAAAAAAAAAAGCAUUAGUAAACCAGCCUACUCUGUUUCUUUGGAAUACUUUUAGUCAUGUUUUCAAGUGUGAUUUGCUCAGAUGAAAAACACAGAUGGACCAGAGGAAUUAACAUGAGGUGUAAAUUAAUAGAAGUGUUGUGUGUCACACUUUCAGUACUGCAAAUCAAUACCAUGCUUCCAGAAGUCACUGGCAAUCAACUCAUUACAGGUAGGUUGCAAGUUAAUUACACUAUUUUUUGUGGGAAGCUUUAACCAAUGCCACAGAUAAAAAAUGCAGUCUAUUGCUUUUAUGAAAUAAACUGUGUGUUUACCAGUAUGAUAAAUGUAGGUUUUUUAACCAAUCAGGGUGCUUAUUUCUUCAAGUGGAAUACAUCUAAGUGUAGGGAGUGCUUUGUGGUGAAGCAAAUAACAGUUUGUUUGCUUUUAGCAACAGAAACCAAUAUAGUUGUGAUCAAUAACAUUUUAAUUUGUCUCUAAUUAGGAAGGAGUAUGGUUUUCCCUUGGUUGUGCUGCAAUGGCUGCAGAAAAUUUAGAACUCGCUUCCAAAGCAUUCCAUCGUUGUGUGUCACUUGAUGGUGGGGUAUGUUUGAGAUUACCAAUAGAAAGUCAUUUUUCAUUUUCAAAUAGCUUUAUGUUGCAGUUGAAUUGUGCUUCUAAGUAUAUCUACUAAGGAAAUUAUCUACACAGAAUGGGGAGGCAUGGAAUAAUCUUGCCAAUGUUUACAUCAAAAGAGGCCAGAAGUAAGUUAAGAAAUUUUGUUUGCUUUGUGAUAUUGUAAGUGAUGUGAACACUUGAUAAGAAUCAUGAAACAUCAAAAACAACAUGAGAUGUAGAGCCUUAAAAAUGUAGGUUAAGCCACAUGUCAGCCUGUGGUCUCCAUAAUCCCUUUAUAAUGCAGUGCAGACUGCAUGGGGUCAGUACGAUUAAGCCACUCCUUGGAGGCCACAUCAAUUCUUGUUUCCAACCAAUGACUAUAAGUUAACAAACAACCGAAAAAUAAUUAUAAUUAGGUAUAAUUAAGAGAGAGAAAGGUUUGAUGGAUUGAGACUUUGGAAGGCCAUUUCACAUGUUACAAUUAUUAAGAACAAUAUAACAGUUAAUAGUGAAUCUAUCAUGUCAUGAUUGAAUUUUUUUUUGUAAUUGCAUGUAGACCACCAGCACAUCUUGCUCUCAAGGAAGGUCUGAAAGUGAAUUAUGAGAGCUGGCACAUGUGGGAAAAUUUCUUAGUGGUAAAUUAAUUGAACAUUUCUGUCCCUCUAUUUUUCUUUUCUUUUCCUUUCUUUUUUUUAUUUUGUUGUUUUCUUUGUCCUUCCUUUGCUAAAUGCAUUUAAAACAAUAACAACAAAACUACAGUACUCUUUGAUACAUUAACAAACCUGUGAUGACAGUACAUGUACUUUAAGUGAGCAAAGAUGUACUCUUCCUAAUGCUUCACCAUUUGAAGGUUUAUUUCACUCUAUCUUAGUCUGUCUCAUUUGCUCAGUUUGUCAUAGUUACAAUGUUUUGUUCUUUUUUUUUAGUUUUGCAUUUUUGCUCAAAGAACUGUCAUACUUAACUUUUGAUGCAUGCAAAAAUGCUUAGUGAAGAACAUGCAAAAAACUCAUUUUUAAAAGAGAAGUAAUGUGUAAGUCCCUCUAGAGUAAAUGAACAAGAGAAGCAAAAGAUACACAAGGUUAUGUACUUCUGUUUUAGGUUAGUGUUGACAUUGGUGCAUUUAAUGAUGCAAUUUCAGCAUAUCAUCGUAUGAUGGAUCUGCGGGAUAAGUACUGUGAUACAGAGGUUAGUGUGGAAUCUCCUCUAAGUAGGCCUAAAAAUUUCAGUUUUUGGUCAAUUAAUGUGUUCAGCAAUACUAUACAAUCAAACCUCCAUGAACAGCCAGCUGUAUUUUGUCCAGCAGAUGGUCCACACAUCCUUCAUUUCAAUUUCUCACAUAAAAUUGGCCUAUAAAUUUUCCCAAAAUGACCUCAGUCUCUACAAUGGCCUGCUAAGAAUUUUAAAAAUGUUUUAGCAUUUGAAAAAAUGUAUCAAAUUAGACCUCUCUGUCCAAAUAAAGGUUUCAUUUAGGACUCUGUCCCCAAGGUAGAUGCUAAGGUGAGGUUUUAACUUUAGUUUUGUCUUUGUUUUAGAUAUUGGGCAUUCUGGUGAAUGCUGUGAACCAGGGAACUUUGGACAAUCAUGAAAAACCAGGUAAUAAUCUUUACUUUCUGGAAUUUUUUCCUUGCAGAUGUAAUUGUUGUGUUUACCAUGAUGUCUCAUAUUACAAUCAAACACAGGUAAACUAUGGUAGUAACUAGUAACUAACCAGGAUAACCAGACUAGGCUCAAGACAGGACCUUGUGAUGCUUACCCUCUUUACCACCAAGAACAUCCUCCAGCCAUUGCAGUGGGUAAAGACCCUCUGUGAAACCCUUAUUUCCAAUUAAAAAAAACAUUUGGACCCUUUGUCAAUAGCACGUCUUCUGAUUGAACCUCUACUCCAAGGUUUCUAAUUGCAAAACACUACCAAAAUACCUUGCCAUCUAAUUAGUGAUGCACAUGAAUGAAUGAAUGUGAUUCAAUCCCACUGUCUCUUUCUACUAUCUAGCAUGCAGGUUUUGGUUAAGCUACUUUGUGUGGUGCACUUAGAAAUCCAAAGAAUCCAAACUUUCAACUGUGUCACUCCUUUUCAAUUGUAUGUGAUUCUAGAUGUUCUGCCCCUAAUUCCCUACUGUAGAUACAAAAGAGGAAAGUAACAAAGAACACACGAUAAGCUAUGAUUGUUUCACUUUCAGCAUCUUGUCUUAAACUGAAGCUGCUCGAACUAAUGGGAAGACAAACAUCUCAGGUAGCAAGAGUAUUUGUCUCGAUUUGAUAAUCAGGUCAAAAACUGUUCUUAAGGUGAUCUUUAAGGGUUUGUUGAUCUAAUAGAUCACUGGUUUGUUCUGCCCAAGGUAACCAACAAUUCUGAAUUGUGGAAGCUCUACUCUGACCUCUACUGGAAUGGCGAGUCUCAGGAAGAGAAAGAGAAGGUCUGUGAAAACUCUACAAUGUAAAAUUGAUUGAGGGCAUCUUGCAAUUGAACUUGUUCCUGUACAGUUUGCUUUAGAAAUAGUUUUCACCUUUGGGGAAACAUCUUUUGAGAAUUAAAAGAAGGAGGAGGGUAAAACAUGAGUAGACCAUGAGAUCACCAAGUCACUCAAAGGGUCAAACAGCAGUGAACAAACUGAAUGGUGAAUUCAUUCUUGAUGAAUUACUGUGGCACCAAGUGAAAGAAGCUGGGAGCAGAAGCUAAAUCCAGGCAGCAAAAUUGGAAUAAAAAAGGGAUCAGUAAAAGCAAACAUUUUUAAGAUGUCUCUUCUGCCCUCUAAUGUUGUAAUAAUUGCUUCGAAGCUCCAGAGGUUAAUAAUGUAUUUAAAUUUAUUUUCUCAGGCGCUAAACUUCCUUGUGAAGGCUCAUCGUACCAGAACCCAGGCUUCAGGCUGGGAGAUUGACGUAAGUCAGUUUAAAGCAGUAGCAGAACUCACUCUUAAGCUCAGUCAAGGUGAGCCAAAAUUUUAAACUCUUCUAUUGAUGUGAUAGCUAAGGUGUCACCUAACCAACCAAGAGAGAAUGUAGGUCAGUGUAGGAUAAUGACCCUAGCAUAAGGAACACAUGGAGGUUCACUUUUGGACACACUUUUGAGUGCUCCGUCAUUCCUUCUUUUCAGUUGCUCUCAGUUUCCAGGGUGAAUCUGUCCUCAAAUUUUAUGUUUUGGCUGAAGCUAGCCACAAACAAUUCACCUAAUAACUGAAAACCAUCUCCGCACUUCCAGUUGCAACUAACUGUUUGAAGUGGAAACUCGACUCAAUACCUUUGUGUUUCAACUAAUUUUUUUGGUGGUAAAUUUUUUGCAGUUUACAUUCAAGUGACUCAUUGCAAGGAGAAUAAAACUGAAGCAGUACAGCUUUUAUCGUCAGCUAAACUUACUCUCAAGCAGCUUAUCACAAAGGCCAAAGUAAGUGAAUUGGAGUUUCAUAUGACUAAGAAAAGUUUUCUCUCAAGCAAUGAGCAACCAUCCUGUGCUCUAGUGAUGGAUAGAAAGAUAAAAGAUAACGUUUUCAAAAUAAUUGAACCCCUUCCUAUCAACACCUCUCCUACUCUCCUCAAUUAUGGACAGUUUUCUGCCUGGCCCUUUUUUCAUUUACCAGUUAUAUCUAUUUUCACAAAACUUCAAUUAUUCAGAUGCUACUUCACAGGGGAAAACACUACAGCAAUAGUUGAUUCAGUUGACUGUUAAUUGUCAUUUUUAAUCACUGACAGUGAAAAGGAUACCAAAUAAGAGCCAUGACAGUUUUUGUCAUCCUUAAAAAGAGUAAUUAUCAUUUAUUUUUUGUCAAUUAAGAAUUGUAAAAGCUGCCUGAACAACACUACAGACUUUCUUUUGAAGGCAGAAAAAUCCAUUGAAUUUUACUUUAACUAAUGUUCAUUGUAUUUAUAAGAUAUUAAACCUUUACAUCCUAACAUCAGCAUUCGUCUUCUCCAUUUCCCUUGGUACUGACAAGGAGAAUUUGUUUUACAUUAAACCUCCUUAGGUUGGCAAUCAUUUCCUUCAUUCUCAUAUGAUCUUAAUAAUCAUUCAGCAGUAUUACUGUAGGGAGAAAUUAGAUGUGGGCUCUCUUAGGGUUUAAAGGAUUUGAGAUCAUUUACAGAAACUUAAAAAUUACUUUUUUAGAUGUGGCAUUGCACUGUAGUUAGUUUUUGUAACUAUAGCAUCUUAAAAGUGAUGUCAUGGUAGUGACCUUUAUAACACUGAAACCUCCCCAAUACAAACACUUUGCUCUGUCCUUCAGUUCAGUAUCUACAGUAGAAAGGUUUGACUGUGAUCCCCUUGAGAAUUAAUCAAGAUAAUCAUUGUUGUAUUUUUUUGUCUCUUACAGAAAAACCACACAGAUUUACUUACUGGUAAUAGUCCAAGUGAACUCUCACAAAUCAUGGUUGACUUGGAGGCCAGCCUUCAGGAAAUUGUUGACUUAAUUUUCAGUUUCAAAAGUUAAUGGUGUACUGUUAACUAAAUGAAUGAAGCUAGGGAAUAUUUGUGGAAAUUUAAUCUGGUAUUAUGGUGUCAAUUGUGUGUGAAGCAAUCAACAAUAAAUGAAGAUGCCCAAAGCAGAAACAAACCUCUCAUUUAUAUGCAUUUACAAUAAUUUCUUGCUAAAUUUUAUGGACUUAAAUAGACAUAAAUAGACACCUCUCUGUAUAACACUUAUAAAGCAUAUUAAAUUUAAAUGUUAGAAUACUAUGAAUAGACUCCACCACUCUCUAUAGGGUGUAAAAUAACUCACGUCACUGUUGUGACUAAAUCCCUCAUGGUAGGAAGUAAUAUUUUGCUUCCAACCCGAUAAAGAAAAGGAAAAUGUUGACACUCUAUUUUUCUGUUUAACAAAAUGUAACUCAUCAAACAGUCCCAGUAAAGCCAAUAUCCAAAGAGUCAACUGUUCUCAAAAAUGACCCCAGUGUCUCAGUGUUCAAACUCACUAAUACAGAGCAAAAAGUAUCAUAUUAAACAGCUGUAGUCCCCACCCCUACUUAACAAAAACUACUCUAGGUGCCCAAAAAUUUCAUUUCGUGUACAUUUGUUAAGUGCCUAUUAGCAUAGUUUAUAAUUUUAAUAUUAUUUAGAUUACUAAUCGCCAAAUUUGGUACUUGUGAAUAAAUUAUUUGUGGCUGGU